GAAGCUCUUCCGGGAAAGGAAACUGUGAAAACUGGGAAGGCGGAACUUAACUCGUGUGAGGGAGCCAUGGCUGCUUCUGGGGAUCUCAUCCAGCGUCUCCGUGAUGAAGCCACGUGCUGCAUCUGCCGGGAUUAUUUCAAGGAUCCAGUGACCAUCGCAGAGUGUGGCCACAACUUCUGCCGGUCCUGCCUGACCCAUUGCUGGGGGGAAUCGGAGGCAGAGGCUUCCUGCCCUCAGUGCAGAAAAACAGUGCAAAGAAGUGGCCUCAUCCCCAACCGGCAGCUGGCUAACGUGGUAGAAAUAGCCAAGAAUCCCAGCCUUCAAGAGGGAAAGGGAGAAGGAGGGGGGGAAGGGAGAGUGUGCGAAGAGGCCGAGGGAAAGGGAGAAGGAGGAGUCUGCGAGGAGCACAAGGAACCCCUGAUGCUCUUCUGCAAAGUCCACGAAGCCCCCAUCUGUCUGUUGUGUGACAAAUCAAAGGAACAUGCAAAUCACAAGGUGAUUCCUCUGGAGGAGGCUUUCGAGGAAUACAAGGGAGAGAUCUGUCACCGCCUGGAUAUUCUGAGGAAAGAGAGAGAGGAAAUUCUGGCCUAUCAAGAAGAUCUGGUCAAGAAAAGCAAAGAUCUUCUUAAAUUAACAGAAAUGCAGAGGCUGAGGACUGUGGAGAAUUUCAAAGAACUGCGCCGGUUCCUGGAAGAACAAGAAAAACGUCUGCUGAAUCAUGUGGAAGAGGUGGAGAAGGAGAUUGCAGGGAGAAGGAAUGAGCAGCUGGCCAAACUCUCCAGCAAUCUCUCCUUUCUUGAGAGGAUCAUCCAGGAGAUGGAGGAAAAGUGUCAGCAGCCAGCGAGUGAACUCCUGCAGGAUAUGAGAAGCACCUUUCAGAGGUAUGAGAAAAGAGAGAGUCCAGAGAAGCCACUGCCUUUCCCUCCAGAACUGAGGAACUGGAUCUUGGAAUCCUGUGAACUAAAUCACCUUUUGGAGGAUGCAAUGAAACAAUUGAAGGAUGCUCUGUUAUACAGAAAACUGAUUCAGAAAGCAAAUAUCACUCUGGAUCCAGGCACAGCCCAUCCCUGCCUCAUCCUGUCCGAGGAUCGGAAAAGCGUGAGAGGGGGACACAAACCUCAAGACCUGCCUGACAAUUCUGAGAGAUUCAAUGAGCAGCCUUCUGUGUUGGGACAUGAGGGAUUCACAGCAGGCAGACAUUUCUGGGAAGUCAAAGUGGGAAGUGGGGAAAUGUGGGCUGUGGGGGUCGCCAGGAAGUCUGUGAGGAGGAAGGGCAUCUUCCCCUUAAGGCCUGAGGAGGGGAUCUGGGCUGUGGGGAAGUCUGGAGGCAAGUACUUGGCCUUCACCUCCUCUGAUUUCUCUCCUCUGUCCCUGAAUAAGAAGCCCAGGAGAAUCCGGGUGACUCUGGGCUAUGAAGGGGGACGUGUGUCUUUUUGUGACGUUGACUCAGGAGCCGAACUCUACACGUUCUCAGGAGCCUCAUUCUCUGGAGAGAUCCUCCUCCCUUUUUUUACUCUGUGGGAAAAGAAAGCCCACCUCAGAAUCUCCUGAGGAGACUAAAUCCGCCUCUCAGGCCCAGCAGGAGUUUCUCUCCAGACCAGAGUGACUUGUAUAAAAAACAUUUACCCACCAAGAGAACGUUGGGCAGUUUUUCAAGGGGACCUUUGAGAGGAUUCAUUCCAGUCAAAAUCAGCAGAAAUAAACAAUGGGUUGCUGUUGCUUUGCAUUUUCCUUCCUUUCCCAAUAAUUCCCUCUACAGCUUCUUAAAGAGACAGUCACACGUUUAACAGUCCCAAUAAAUAAUCUUUUCCUCAAACGGGCUCCCUUACCUUGAAUCUUGUUUUCCUUUUGAGAUGUCUGAUUUGGCAGAGGGCGAGACUCUUAACCCCAGGGUUGUGGGUCUGAGCCCCAUGUUGGGCAAAAGUUUCCUGCACUGCAGGGGGUGGGACUAGAUGACCCUCAAUUCUGCAGUUCUAGGAAACCUUCCUCUCCCCACAUGACCUUAUACAGCUGAAAAAUUCAUGCAUCAUUGGAUUAGUAGGUGACUAAAAAAUGAACCCCUUCAUCCACGUCAGGAAGGACAGUUCCUUGCUCUGGAGACCUUAGACGGGAAGAAAAUAAAAAAGGAAAUUGAACAGGAUGUCAGCUUCAAAUGCCCUCUGCAAAUACAGCCCCACCAUCUCCACACUUUGACAGAAAUAAACCUUAUUGCAUUGAGUGGGGCUUCUGCCCAGUUAUAUACGGUAUGUUUCGAGUUUAUGCAUUAAUGUUCCUUAUUUACAGGAUGGACAUGUUCAAGAAUGCUGUUUGAAGGCACACAACACAGUGUGACGUUAAAUGUCACAAUGGAUGAAACAUCAGGGCUUAUAUUGAACCUUUUUAAAAGUAGGCUUUGCUGGAAACAGGCAUACAUAGAACUGAGCAAAUGCCAAUAUUCCUUGAGGCUGCAGAGCAGAGAGAGAGAAACCAAUAAGGGUUAUUCUAUCACUGUGGCUCAGAGCUGCCUCAUCCGCAACUGUCUCCUAGUAACAGUCACUCAGUCAAGCCCCCUGCACUGUUUCUACCCCAACAGGUCGUUAUAACUUUUAAGAACUAGAACCUGAGCUUCCUCCUCCCUCCCCAUUCCCCUUUCCUUUUAUGUCACCUAUUUUAGCUUGUUUUUCAUCUGUGAAACUGCAUUCUUAUUUCCUCACAAACAGAUGCAGAUGCCUGUGUUCAAAGAAAGUGGUUUGAGAAGCACAUUCACACUAAAUCAAGCAUUGCUGCAGCCAGCAACUUUUCAAACCGUAGUGAUGGGUGGAGCAGAGAAUCAAACUGCUAUGACUAUUGGAAACACAGCUUAAAUAAUGGCAAGGUGUUGUGAGCAGGUGCUAGCAACAUGGGUACCUAGUGCUGUUGAAAUUGCUUGUUCCUCUCUUGCGCCACUUUUUAUCCAAAACAGCUCUGUGAGGUUGACUCUCUAGGAAAAGCUUUUCCCACAGUGGAAGCACUUGUGCGUUUUCUGCUUAGUGUGCAUCUUCCAAUGCAACUGAACCUCUGUGCACUCGGGAAACUUGUAUGCUCCCUCUCCCAUGUGCCUCCUCUAGUGUUCAGCUAGGGCGGAUUCUCGCUGGAAGCUCUCCCCACACACGGGGCGCAUUCUUGAGGGCAUCCUGAGCAAGUUUGCAGACGACACCAAAUUGGGAGGGGUGGCUAAUACCCCAGAGGACAGGAUCACACUUCAAAAUGACC